AUGCGCCUGUCUCUCCUUCAGCUCGCUGCUAGCGCUUCAACUCUUGCACAUACGAGAGGGCAGCCUGUCGAAGUCGAUGGCAGACACGGCGGGCCUUCGUCUCAUGCGGCGUCCAUCUCGGUCUCCUCAACUUCACCCUUUGGCCUGACGUUUUCCAAUGGCGUUGUCUCUGCCGAGAACACGGCCAUUCUGGUCGGAGAGACCAAUAGGUCAGCUACCCCAAUAUCUGCGUCCAAUGAUGGCAGUAUCGGGGAUAGUACAGGCCACAUCUCCUUCUCCGCGGUCAAUUCUCAAGUUGCAAAAAUCACAAUCAACACUACCUCCUCCUUCGUCGGGGCCCGCUUUACCACCAGCGAAAGUGACCAUUUCUACGGGAUUUGGGAGUAUCCGUUCAAGAACCGCCAACUCACCAAUGACGGGGUCAACUUCGAGAUCAAAGGCGUCGAGAAUGUCCGAGGAGUCAAUUACGCAAACGCUCGCUCGCCCUUCUUCAUCACCAACGCUGGCUACGGCGUGUAUACCGAUACACUUGAGAUGGGCACCUACAACUUCGAGCAAUCUGGAGUCGCAGAGUUCAACUUUAACUCCAGCAGUCUGGUCUACUACAUCAUCUUGCCAAAGGAGACAGACGACUACAAGAGCAUCAUCACGGCCUACUCCGAGCUGAGCAACACCAUCUACAUGCCUCCCGACUCCGCGUACGGUCCAAUCUACUGGAGUGACGACUGGGAGCAAGAUCUCCACGGCCUGAACAAUUCGCAGGAGAGCUACUACGACACCAUCACCCACCUCUACGACUACCAGAUCCACGGCACGGCCAUGUUCGCAGAUCGACCGUACGGCACUGGCAACUACUCUUACGGCAAUUUCGACUUCGAUCCCGAGUUCUAUCCUACGCCAGGACAGUUCAUCGCAAACCUGUCAAACUGGGGGUUCGAUUUCCAAGUCUGGGCUGCCAACCGAGCGUUUUUGUACACAGAGCUAUACAAUGUGAGCGUCGCAAACGGCUGGUUGUUCCCAGGAAUCGAUCCCGAGUUCUUCCUGGGCCCAGCACUAAAUCUCAGCAUACCCGAAGCCUACGAUUACUUCAAGCAGCACCUCUCGUACUAUCCAUCUGUCGGCGUCAAAGGAUACAAGAUCGAUCGUGGGGAGGAAGGCGAGCUUCCUGUCUAUGAACAGAACACACAAAUUGCGCUGUUCGAGCAGCUCUGCUGGGAGACGAUGGAGGAGAAAUGGGGCGAGGGCAACUUCUACAACUUUGCUCGAAACAUCGUGGACCGCUCGAGAUCGAGGAGUGCAGUCUGGAAUGGCGAUGCUCAGUCAAACUGGACAGGACUGGCGUUUUCAGUCACCAGCGGCAUCAGAUCUGGUCUCAUUGGCUUCAGUCAGUCUGAAGCAAAUGCCAUUGCAUCUUCCACAUCUUCGCUAACACAUCAUACAGGUCAAUGGGGCUCCGACACAGGCGGCUACCUCCGCGAUCUCGACGACCCUCACCAAGAGCUAUGGUCUCGCUGGAUGUGGUUCAGCACCUUCUCACCGAUGUACGAGAUACCCAUCGGCACCAACCAUACUCCGUGGUACCCUACUGAGACGAACCCGUACACGCCCGAGCUGGUCCAAGUCCUGAAGGAGUCCACUGAUCUGCACUAUGAGCUCUUCCCAUUUAUCAAGUCGUAUACUUACCAAGCGCAUAAGACGGGUCUCCCUGCGAUUCGUGCAGCGUUCUUGGAAGCGCCACAAGAUCCGAAGACGUAUACGAUGGGUGAGUCCUACUUCUUCGGGGCAGAGUUCUUCAUCGCGCCGAUUAUCACGCCGGGUGGGCGGAGGUCGGUCUACUUUCCCGAAGGUGGGAAGUAUCUUGAGUACUUCAACAAGACUGCUGUGCACGAAGGCGGUACGACGACGGAUGUGGAGAUGGACGUUCACGCCAUACCAGCUUACGUUCGUGCUGGCUCCAUUGUUCCCAGGGGCCAGAUCUUCAGAGGCAACGACCGCUGGACAGCGAAUUGGAUGCCAUAUCUUGAUAUCGAGGUCUUCCCGUCCGCUGAAGUGCCGCAAUCACGUUUCUGGUACUACAACGGCGAUGCGGACGAGGAAGUCAUCAUUGAGAUGAUAAUGGAGGGCGGUAAGGUGGUGGUUCAGUAUGGGAAUGUUGCUCUGAAUGGAACAAUCUCUGCGUUCUUGAAAGGCGGCAAGCAGACGGCAGAGAUCCAUUCGGGUGGUGGAAGUGUGGUGUUCGAGGAGUGUGAGAGCUUGUUCGAAUGA